AUGCCUGUAUUCAGAGGCGGGAGAGGUGGCAGAGGUCGCCAAUCUGGCGGAAGAGGUCGUGGUGGGGCAAGAAGACCCGCAACUCAAUUGCGAGACACUUUCCAAACCUCACGACUGGGGCAGACAGAGGAUGUUGCCUCUCAGGGGCUUUCAUCGGCCGAGUCUAUAGAUGGCGACAUCAACGAGAGCGAGGGCCCAUCAGAAGAAGUUGGAGCAAGCCAAUCCGGAAGCGAAGACGAAAGCCCCUCUACGAAUUCCUAUGCCACACUUUUGCAUUCAUUGAGCACGGGGAGACAGAACAGCGAGCCUGCUAAGAAAAAGAGAAAGAUCGAAGAUGGAACCAAACAAGAAUCGUCUAUUGCCGAUGAUCAUCUGGACGGCACUGCUUCAACUCCAAAGACUGAGGAAGUUUCUGCUACUGAGGUGCUGGACGAAGAGGUCGAAGCAGACGAAGAAGGCGACGAUCCAGCCACCAAUGCCGACUCUGAUGACGAGGACAGCCUUCUAAAGGAUCCCUUUGAGAGACAUUACAGUGCCGUGGUCGAGCAAGAUCUGAAGGAUGCAGCGCAGCGGGUUGAACAGAAGGAUUGGCAGUCGCAGGCUGUGCUGAUAGGGGAUGAUGUUCGAAAGACCACAACCUCGCUCAAAGACCGGCCGAUACCAGCGACCAAGUUCAGAGGCUUCAAAGAUCUCCGUUUGAAGCGACGACUUCUCGAGACUGGGACCAUGCUUGCUUCUUCGUUAUCCUCGGACGAGAAAGACCUGGCCAACGCCAUGUUCAACUAUACCGACAUUGUCGACGGCAACCGCACACUCAAAAACUCGUCCCGGCUUCGUGAGAUAUCCGCCCUGCAUGCUCUCAACCAUGUCUUCAAGACUCGCGAUCGUAUUCUCAAGAACAAUGCCAAAAUCAGCUCCAGCAGCGAGACUCUCGAUCUGCGCGACCAAGGCUUCACCCGCCCGAAGGUCCUGAUCAUCGUCCCGACAAAGCAAGCUUGUGUACGUCUCGUAGACAGCGUCGUCAAGUUCUGCGAGCCGGAUCAACAGGAGAACAAGUCUCGCUUCCUCGAGACCUACUCCCACGAGGACGGCGACGAGUGGGCCGACAAGCCCGACGACUUUCGGGCCCUGUUUGGCGGGAACCACGAAGAAGAUUUCCGCAUCGGCCUCAAGUUCACCCGCAAGACGAUCAAGUACUUUUCCGGUUUCUACAACUCGGACAUCAUCGUCGGCUCGCCCCUGGGGCUGAUGCGGACCAUCACCACGGGCGGCGGCGGCGGCGGGGGACCCAACAAGGACGGCAACAAGAAAAAGGCGCACGACGCAGACUUUCUGUCCUCGAUCGAGGUGGUGGUCGUGGACCACGCCAACGCGCUGCAGAUGCAGAACUGGCAGCACGUCGAUUACGUCUUUUCGCAGCUCAACCUGCUCCCCAAGGAGUCGCACGGCUGUGACUUUUCGCGCGUCCGCCACUGGUACCUCGACGGCCAGGCCAAGUAUCUCCGCCAGACCGUCAUCCUGUCCGACUUUUUGACGCCCGAGGUCAACUCGCUCGCGACGUCCCAUUUGUUCAACGUGGCGGGCCGGGUGAAAUACCUCCCCACGUACCCUGGGGCCAUGCUGGGAGUCAACUCGAUUCUGCCCGUCAGCGUCCCUCAGACGUUCUUGCGCGUCGACUCGCCCAACCCACUCGCCGACGCGGACGGUCGGUUCAAGUUCUUCACGACGACCAUCCUGCCGCCGCUGGUGCGCAACGCAAAAGCCCAAAAGGGGACCCUGUUGUACACGACGAGCUACGCCGACUUCGUGAGGUUGAGGAACCACCUCGCCACGAGCCCCGACGCCGCCAACCUCUCUUUCGGCAGCGUGAGCGAGUACUCCCCGGUCAAGGAGGUGCUGCGAGCCCGUUCGCAUUUCUUGUCGGGCCGCCACGCGCUGUUGCUGUACUCGGAGCGAGCCCAUCACCACUUUCGCUACCGGAUCAAGGGCGUCCGCCGCGUCAUUUUCUACAACGUCCCCGAGAACCCGGUCUUUUGGACAGAUGUCGUGGGUCUGCUGGGUAUCACCAUGGAUGCAGAUACAAAGGGCGGCGGCGGCGGCGGCAGAGGGACAUCCGGUAACAGUACCACCAGGACCAAAGGCGCGGUUCGUGCCUUGUUCUCCAAAUGGGACGCCAUGAAACUCGAAAGGAUUGUCGGCACCGAGAGGGUCGGGAGAUUGAUUCAUGACCGAGGAGGUGACACUUUUGACUUUGUCUGAGGAGAAAUUGUCCCGCGGAGUACCUGGUAUCUAGAAUCUCGUAUCUAUCACCUAGGUACGGACGUAUAGUUGACUGUGUUCCUCUACUCCGUAUCCGAACAAGCC